AUGAGAUCUGCACGACGAAACAGCUCCAUCGGCCCCGAUCGGGCCAAGCACCUCGAACGCAACCGCAUCGCCGCCAACAAAUGCCGCGAAAGAAAGAAGCGCGAACAUAAACAAAUUGAGCGUCGCCUCAGCGACGAAACAGAAAAGAAAGAACUCCUCCUGGCGCAGUUGAACGUCCUCAAAGAAGAAGUCUGGGAUCUGAAAAACAUUAUCUUCCAACACGCCCAGUGCAAAGACCACCAGAUCAACCUCCAACUGGCCCGAAUGACCCAAACCGUCCUCGACAACCAACCUAUGCAAGAAUCCAGCAUGUCGCCGACUUUCUCGAACGGGUCAUACUCGGAUGAAUCGGUCGCGGUGGACGAUGCGAAUAAUAACAUGAUCGACCCCGGCGCUUAUCCUGGGGGUGACUGGACUGUGUUACCCAAUGUCGCCGAUGACCUCGUUCCAUACGACGCGAACGGGACCAACGAUUCGAUAUUUGAGAAUUUUAUUGAUGCGGAGAAUCUGUAUACCUAG